UUUACAGUGCACCAAACACAUGAAAUCUGUGCGAGUAUUGUAUGACCAUUGGAAGUGGAAUCUCACGCCACCGUCAUCUGUCUCCUCCUCCUCACCAUAUAAGUCACACUGGGCUACCUUCCCCAUCCCUCAAGAGGAAGGAGGUCGACAUGGAGGAAGUGGUCCUCGAAGCGUUUCGGUCUCGCUUCUCGAUAUUCUUCUUCUCCUUCGCAGCCGGCUUCGUGCUCCUGGCCGUGGUGCUCGAGUUGCUGCGGUGCAUGCCGUGGUGGUGCAGCUGCCCGGUGUGCGAGGCGUACGUGACCAAGUCCUGGGCCGCCCGCUUCGACAACCUAUGCGACUGGUACGCCCACCUCCUCCGGGAGUCGCCCACCCGCACCAUCCACAUCCACGUGCUCCGCAACACCGUCACCGCCAACCCCGACAACGUCGAGCACAUGCUCCGGGCCCGCUUCGACAACUACCCCAAGGGCAAGCCCUUCUCCGCCAUCCUCGGCGACCUGCUCGGCCGCGGCAUCUUCAACGUCGACGGCGACCCCUGGCGCUUCCAGCGCAAGAUGGCCAGCGCCGAGCUCGGUAGCACCGCCGUGCGCUUCUUUGCCUGCUGCAUCGUCACCGCCGAGGUCCGCGAACGCCUCCUCCCCCUCUUCGACGCCGCGUGCGCCGGCUACGCGGUUCUCGACCUGCAGGAUGUGUUCCGGCGGUUCGCCUUCGAUAACAUGUGCAAGAUCUCGUUCGGGCUCGACCCCGGAUGCCUCGAGCUGUCGCUGCCGGCGUCGGAGUUCGCGGCGGCCUUCGACAAGGCCUCCAUGCUGUCGGCCUGGCGGGCGACCUCCACGAUGCCUAUCGUGUGGCGAGCCAAGCGGCUGCUGAACAGGGGAUCCGAAAGAGAGCUCCGCGACGCGAUCCGCCUCGUGAACCUCCUCGCCAAGGAGCUCAUUCGCCAGCGAAGGAAGCUGGGGUUCUCCUCCAACCACGACCUCCUCUCCCGAUUCAUGGCCUGCGUCGACGACGACAAGUACCUUCGCGACAUCACCAUCAGCUUCCUGCUGGCCGGCCGCGACACCGUCGCCUCCGCCCUCACCAGCUUCUUCCUCCUCCUAUCCCGCCACCCGGACGUCCGCUCCGCCAUGCGCGACGAGAUCGACCGCGUGGUGGGACGCGGCGCCGCGACCGCCAGCUACGACCAUCUGAGGGACCUGCACUACGUGCACGCAGCCAUCCACGAGAGCAUGCGCCUGUACCCCCCGGUGCAGUUCGACUCCAAGUUCUGCCUCGACGACGACGUGCUACCCGACGGCACCUUCGUGGGGAGGGGCACCCGGGUAACGUACCACGCCUACGCCAUGGGGAGAAUGGAGGAGCUAUGGGGGAGCGACUGCCACGAGUUCCGGCCGCAGCGGUGGCUCAGGAACGGCACAUUCGCACCCGAAAGCCCCUACAAGUACCCCGUCUUCCAAGGCGGCCUCCGGGUGUGCCUGGGCAAGGAGAUGGCGCUCAUGGAGAUGAAGACCGUGAUCGUGGCUGUGGUCCGGCAAUUCGACAUCGACGUCCAAGCGGCAUGGCCUCCCAAGUUCGCGCCCGGCCUCACCGCCUCCCUGAAGGGUGGCCUUCCCGUCCGAAUCCGCCGCAAUGCAUGUACAGAAGUCGACAUGUCUCCAACAAGAAUAUGAUUAUAACAUGACGAAGCUAUGCAUGUCAUAUAUAAAUAUAUAUAUAUAAUAUGACGUCAAUUGGUGGCUGCAAUGACUACCUAUUCCAAUUCCAAUUCCAAUUGGUAGGUGCCACUGUCGUAUGAAAUUGUAUUGGCACAUCAAUAGCAGAGAUUGAAUAAGCUGGAAUCCAUAUCCAUACUGUUGAUUUGGAUGUGACGCAGUGAGCGUCGGCU